GGCAGGGAACUUUCUCAGAUGACUCUGGCUUUGGGGGUGGGGAGUUGCUCUCACAAAGGAAAGAGCAGGGACCCAGACAAGUUUCAAACAGAACUCCACAGAGAACAGGAGAUUCUCUGCAAACCACCAUUAGGAAAAGGAGACCAGGAAUAAUGAGAACAGAGCACCGGGUCCGGGUUUAAGAACGAUCAGUGUUUACAAAGUACUUGGCCUCAGGAAUGCCUGGUUUUCCAAAGCCCACAUCUUCCUCAUCCAUUCAGUCCUGCCACAGCUACCUACUGUACUGGAUGCUCCAAGCGCCAGAACCGCAUGCCUGGAAACCCUGACUCCCUCCCCGCCUCCUCCCUCCCAGCCGGCCAGCUGCAACUCAGUUUGUUUGCGGAGGUUUGCAUACUCCUAUUGGGUUGCCUGAUGGUGGUUUUUUUUUCCCAGUCAGUUCAGCAGUGUCCCGAAAUUCACCCCCAGUGGAACUUGUGCCUCUGCUCCUCCUCUUCUUGGAACUGCCUUUUGUUUGUCUGGCAGAGCUGGGUCUAUGGGGGUGUGUGAUGAUAAUAAUACGCCGGGCUUAUAUAACUGCAUCUUGCAAGCACUUCGCAGUCAGUCCCUAAUGAAUCUUGGAACUGGUGUCAGGUCGGGCAGUUUUAUCUGCAAGUUGGAAAUCCGAGGCCCAGAGGCCAGGAGAGAGGGCGGCUGGGAUCAGAGGCCAAGCCUCCCUCCCUGGCUCCUGGAGCCCCGCAGAGGUCAGGGCGAUAAGGAACAAUGACUCUCCCAUUCAGGAGGAGGAAGGAAGUCCCUGCUGCCACCUAAUCUCUGCUCCUCUGCUUCUCCCCUGCUCCCGAGCCUUUUCUCUAGAGAAGACUUUCAAGGCGACUUUUGACUCCAUCUGCAGAUGUUCUGAAAACCUCUGAGUCUAGAAAUUGAUUAUUCACCCAGGAUACCUAAUUCAAGCUCCCAGAACUCAGCCGACCAAGGAGCUUGGAAGACUUUGCAACUUUGGACCAAGCACAAUGAAGUAUUCCCUCUGGGCUCUGCUGCUUGCCGUGCUGGGCACACAGCUGCUGGGAAGCCUGUGUUCCACCGUUCGGUCCCAGAGGUUCCGAGGAAGGAUACAGCAGGAACGAAAAAACAUCAGACCCAAUAUUAUCCUUGUGCUCACUGACGACCAGGAUGUGGAGCUGGGUUCCCUGCAAGUCAUGAACAAGACGAGAAAGAUCAUGGAACAGGGUGGGGCCACCUUCACCAAUGCCUUUGUGACCACGCCCAUGUGCUGUCCAUCACGCUCAUCCAUGCUCACUGGGAAGUACGUGCAUAACCACAAUGUCUACACCAACAAUGAGAACUGCUCGUCUCCCUCGUGGCAGGCAAUGCACGAGCCUCGGACCUUUGCUGUGUAUCUCAACAACACCGGCUACAGAACAGCCUUUUUUGGAAAAUACCUCAAUGAAUACAAUGGCAGCUACAUCCCUCCUGGAUGGCGAGAAUGGCUCGGAUUAAUCAAGAAUUCUCGUUUCUAUAAUUACACUGUUUGUCGCAACGGCAUCAAGGAGAAGCAUGGAUUUGAUUAUGCAAAGGAUUACUUCACAGACUUAAUCACUAACGAGAGCAUUAAUUACUUCAAAAUGUCUAAGAGAAUGUAUCCCCAUAGGCCCAUUAUGAUGGUGAUCAGCCAUGCAGCACCACAUGGCCCUGAAGACUCCGCCCCACAGUUUUCAAAACUGUACCCCAAUGCCUCCCAACACAUAACACCCAGCUAUAACUAUGCACCGAACAUGGACAAACACUGGAUCAUGCAGUACACAGGGCCCAUGUUGCCUAUCCACAUGGAGUUCACCAACGUCCUCCAGCGCAAACGACUGCAGACUCUGAUGUCAGUUGACGACUCUGUCGAGAGGUUGUACAACAUGCUUGUGGAGAGCGGGGAGCUGGACAACACUUACAUCAUCUACACUGCGGACCACGGCUACCACAUUGGACAGUUUGGGCUGGUCAAGGGGAAAUCCAUGCCCUACGACUUUGACAUCCGUGUGCCUUUCUUCAUUCGUGGUCCAAGCAUAGAACCAGGGUCGAUAGUCCCACAGAUUGUUCUGAACAUCGACCUAGCUCCUACCAUUCUGGAUAUUGCUGGUCUUGACUCUCCUUCUGAUGUGGAUGGUAAAUCUGUCCUCAAACUUCUAGACCUGGAAAAGCCGGGUAACAGGUUUCGGACAAACAAGAAGGCCAAAAUCUGGCGUGAUACAUUCCUAGUGGAAAGAGGGAAAUUUUUACGGAAGAAGGAGGAAUCCGGCAAGAAUAUCCAACAGUCAAACCACUUGCCCAAAUAUGAGAGGGUCAAGGAACUGUGCCAGCAAGCCAGAUACCAGACAGCCUGUGAGCAGCCUGGGCAGAACUGGCAGUGCAUCGAGGACACAUCCGGCAAGCUCCGAAUCCACAAGUGUAAGGGACCCAGCGACCUGCUCACGGUCCGUCAGAAUGCACGCAACCUCUACUCUCGCGGAUUGCAUGACAAAGACAAAGAGUGCCAUUGUAGGGACUCUGGCUAUCGCUCGAGCAGAAGCCAGAGAAAGAAUCAAAGGCAGUUCCUGAGGAACAAGGGAACACCAAAGUAUAAGCCCAGAUUUGUGCACACCCGGCAGACUCGGUCCCUGUCUGUUGAAUUCGAAGGUGAAAUAUAUGACAUCAACCUGGAAGAAGAAGAACUGCAAGUGUUACCACCAAGGAGCAUUGCCAAGCGCCAUGAUGAGGGUCACCAGGGCUUCAUUGGCCACCAGGCUGCUGCUGGUGACAUCAGGAAUGAGAUGUUGGCAGACAGCAACAAUGCUGUGGGGUUACCCGCCACUGUCCGGGUGACACACAAGUGCUUUAUUCUUCCAAACGACACAAUCCACUGUGAGAGGGAGCUGUACCAGUCAGCCAGAGCGUGGAAGGACCAUAAGGCCUACAUUGAUAAAGAGAUUGAAGUUCUACAAGAUAAAAUUAAGAAUUUAAGGGAAGUGAGGGGACACCUAAAGAAAAGGAAACCUGAGGAGUGUGGCUGUGGUGACCAGAGCUAUUACAACAAAGAGAAAGGUGUCAAACGACAGGAGAAGCUAAAGAGUCACCUUCACCCCUUCAAGGAGGCUGCUGCCCAGGAGGUGGAUAGCAAACUUCAGCUCUUCAAGGAGCAUCGGAGGAGGAAGAAGGAGAGGAAGGAGAAGAAACGGCAGAGGAAGGGAGAGGAGUGUAGCCUGCCUGGCCUUACCUGCUUCACCCAUGACAACAACCACUGGCAGACUGCCCCAUUCUGGAACUUGGGAUCUUUCUGUGCCUGCACAAGUUCUAACAACAAUACCUACUGGUGUUUGCGUACAGUCAACGAGACGCACAAUUUCCUGUUUUGUGAGUUUGCUACUGGCUUUCUGGAAUAUUUCGACAUGAAUACGGAUCCUUAUCAGCUCACAAAUACAGUACACACAGUAGAACGGAGCAUCUUAAAUCAGCUACACAUACAGCUGAUGGAGCUCCGAAGCUGCCAAGGGUAUAAACAGUGCAACCCAAGACCCAAGAGCCUGGACAUUGAGGACAGUUAUGGGAUGGAUGGGAAGGUUAGUCAGUCCAAUAUUACUUCAGACACCAGCUGGCAAGGCCUGGAGGAGUUAUCCGGUGCAAGCAACAUCGAUGAGUACAGGUCUAACCCUAGACUAAGUCUGGAGGACUGGACUAACUACCUGAGGGCUGUCUACAGAGCCUUUGCACUGCUGAACAGUCACCCUGAUCCAAACAAAGCAAAUGGGACUCCAACCACACAAGGUGGUGACUUCCUGGUCACCUCUGCUGAGCGCUUGGUGCCAGCAGAGAUGGCUUCUGCAGAAUCAGGUGAAGACCCAAGUCAUGUGGUUGGGGAAACACCUCCUUUGACCUUGCCAGUCAACCUCCAAACCCUGCAUCUGAACAGACCAACGUUAAGUCCAGAGAGAAAACUUGAAUGGGAUAAUGACAUUCCAGAAGUGAAUCAUUUGAAUUCUGAACACUGGAGAAAAACUGAGAAGCAGAUAGGAUGGGAGGAGCUGCAUCAUCCUGAAGGUGACGUCGUCAGUGGCAAUGGUAUGACAGAGCUGCUGCCCCAGUCUCAUCUUGGGCAUCAGCUCACCAGUCAGCACCAACAAAAAUGUUCCCAGGAUGUGGAGACAGAGAAGGAUGCUUUUGAAGAUCAAUUGCGUCCUCUUGUCCACUCUGACAGAACUCCGGUUCAUCGGGUGUUCGAUGUGUCCCGUGUGGAGCAGCCUCUUCACUCCAGCCACACGGAGAGAAUGUUGGCCAAGAUGGGGCAGAGUGAUACAAAGGAGUGGCUACCAAAUCUCGAAGGCAGUGCCUCCGCUCCAGUCAUCUCUGCUUAGAUUAGAUGUUGCCUAACAUAAUAUUUCUUUCCAUGUUUUGAUUAGUAAACUAGUGGUGGCAAUCAUGACUGCCAACAUUCUGAGCCCCCACCUCCACCCCCCUCCCUGGGCACACUCAUGUGCACAGCAGACACUCAUGUGCACGUGUGUGGGCAAUGCUCACACAGACUCAUUGUAACUUGCUAUUCUACCAAGAAGGGAGAGGUGGGGGCACAUUUUCUGUUUUGAUGCUUUGUUUUUGGUACUAAAACAGUAUUAUCUUUUGAAUAUAGUAGGGACAUGAGUAUAUAAAAUCUAUCCAGUCAAAAUGGCUAGAAUUGUGCCUUUGUAAGUUUUAAAAGUUUGAUGCCCCUGGUGAGUCUGUCAACAUAUCUUCUCUGCCUGCAUAGUGAAGUUUGAAUUUGUUUCUAACCACUGGAAUUUUUCAACAUCAUCAUCUUUGGUUCAAUGAUUUUGCACUUUGAGUUUGGAAUACUGUGUCUGCUUGGUUGGUAGUGUUAUUAUUUUUCUUUUAAACAGGCUUAUCAGAGUCACACACUUUGUCCUAGGAAGGACAAAGGAAUAGACCCCCGGCAAGGACACACAGUAUGGAUCACAUAUUGUUUAGCGUACGCUUUUCCCAGGAACCAUUGCAUGUAUUUUACCUCGACGUGCUAAACUUGAUUAGCAGAAAGGCAUGGCUCACAAUGUUGGUGGUAAGAAAUAAAUCCUGCGGGAAUAAGCAAUAAAUAAAGCAAGAAUGACCGGCUCUCUCUGUGCUUGCUAGAUAGACGCUCACACUGCUGACGCUCGGGUGCCCUCUUGAAUGAAGGAACAGGACAAAGGCUGUUUUCCUUCAGUCUUUCUCCGUUUCAUCAGUGAGCGUAAACAUUGGAAACAUACGUGUAGUCUUAUUAUUCUAUAAGACAAUUUUGAUAAACUAAAAUCACAAAUGCUGGAAAGUUUAAGUGCACCAAAACAGAGGCUAACUUCACAAACAUUGUGUUACGUUAUUAUUUUUAAAACUUUCGCCAAGCUCUGGUUUUCUAAAAGACAUAGUUCAAAACUGCUUUUGAAAAUCUGUAUUCUUGAGCUCACCCUGUUUCUGUUGGACUUUUAGAGACCAGUCGAAGAAUUACCUCGUUGAGACUUUUCAGUGUCUCCUUCAACUUCACAAGGUCUUGCUGUUGUUGUUUAGCUCGAUGGUGGUUUUGUUUUUCCUUCUAGAUAAUUCAAACAUGUAGAUGAGUUAUAUUUUUCUUUAAGUGUUUCAAGUAAACACUUUUCAAGAAAACUUAAUGUGGUGUAGUUGAGUCCUUGCUGAUUUUAAGUCUUUACCAUAGAGUCUGUUAAACCUAACCAGCCAUUUCUCAGAUGCGGAUGCCAUCUGCUGAGUGACAGAGUAAGCAUAUUUAUGGUCCUGACUGAUGUGCUGUGUGAAGAGAUUAAGAUAUUAGGAGGCAUACUAUGCUCUUUUUUUUUUUUAAUCCAAUGUAAUACUCUGUGAUACAUUUUAUAAAACAAUUCUGGCUUCAGGAAAGUCUAGAAGCAACAUUUCUGGAAAUAAAAGGUGUUGAAACUUGU